GCGACAGUCCGCCGACGGGAGGCCAGACGGACGUUAGAGAAGACAAGAUGGCGGCCGCUGACGGCAAGAAGCGUGGCCUGGAACAUUUGGACGAAUAUGAACCUAAAGCCGCCAAACAUCUCCGCACUCUGCAUGACCGCAUGUCGGAGAGACGACUGGUCGUCAUUCUGGAGGGAGCCUCGUUAGAAAGCGUGAAGGUGGGGAAAAACUUUGAGCUGCUGAACUGCGAUCAACACAAAAAUGUGAUUAUUAAAAGUGGAAGAGAUCCAGGACACAUCAGACCGGAUAUCACUCACCAGUGUCUGCUCAUGUUAAUGGACAGUCCACUGAACAGAGCGGGCCUCCUGCAGGUCUACAUCCACACCGACAAAAAUGGCUUAAUUGAGAUCAACCCGCAGACUCGCAUCCCAAGAACCUUCCCGCGCUUCUGUGGCCUAAUGGUUCAACUGCUGCACAAGCUGAGCGUGCGAGCCUCCGACGGUCCUCAGAAGCUCCUGAAAAUGAUUAAAAACCCUGUGUCGGACCACCUGCCUCCCGGCUGCCCGCGGAUUUCCACGUCUUUCUCAGCCGGAGAGGCCGUGUGCGCUCGAACCUUGGUGCCACAGGGGCCGGCCGCAGUGGUGAUCGGAGCCUUUGCACACGGAGCGGUGAAUGUAGACUACACGGAGAAGACGGUGUCCAUCAGUAACUACCCCCUCUCUGCAGCCGUGACAUGUUCCAAGAUCUGCUCUGCUUUUGAAGAGGUGUGGGGGGUCUUGUGAUAGAACCCCACCCUCGCCAGGAACUUUUUGAAUAGACUGGACCAAGGAUGCUUAAUGUGGACCCUUUUUUAUACAACAUGUCACUUCUACAGUGAAGACUCAUAUAAAGAAGCUUGAAUGCUUUGUUUUAUUGUCAGUUUUGUUAUAACUUAAUACUUUGUUCUUGAAGGAGCGGUGUUAUAUGUGCUUAAAAUAGUAAAAUAAAAAAAACAUCCCAUACGUGGGAGUGGACAGCACCACCACAAUACACAUGCAAAGAAAUAGCACAAAAAGUAAUUUAUUGCACCUAUUUCGCCAUUUUUCAAGAAUCUGCUGCAAAAUGUUAGUGAUGUAGAAGUUGAAAAAGUGAAAUAAGGACAGAACCAGUGUUUAAAAAUAGUAAUAGAGAAUAUUUUAUUUUAAAAACUAAUGGGCAAAUAAGCAAACACAUUAUCAUUCCAGCAGUACCCAUAUUAAGCCACUUGGUGACAGUAUUGAUUUUAUUGUUCCUGCACAAUGUCUAAAACAGUGGUUCUUAACCUGGGUUCGAUGGAACCCUACAGGUUCGGUGAGUCGGCCUCAGGGGUUCGUCGUAGCUCAAAACACACCCGACUCGUUGUGUAAAUAAAAACUUCUCCCUAUGAGCGUAUUACAGAUACGGCAACAACAGGAGUCAGGCUGGUUUGCAGGUGUGUACUUUGUUGUGAGUUUAUGCACUGUGUUGGUUUUGUUGUUUGAACAAGGUGAUCAUUUUGUGCACCAGUAAAAAAACAACAUGGUAACAAUUUAGCAUGGGAACAUAUUAACCAUUAAUUAGUUGCUUAUAACAUGCAAAUUAAUAACAUAUUGGCUCUUAAUUAGUCAUUAAGUAAUUAUUAAUACCUUAUAACCCUGACCCUAACCAAAUUAAGUCUUUAUUACUUAGAAUAUGUUCUCCUAGUUUCCAAAUAACUCUAAAUUAAGUCUUUGUUACUUAGAAUAUGUUCUCCUAGUUUCCAAAUAACUCUAAAUUAAGUCUUUGUUACUUAGAAUAUGUUCUCCUAGUUUCCAAAUAACUCUAAAUUAAGUCUUUAUUACAUAGAAUAUGUUCUCCUAGUUUCCAAAUAACUCUAAAUUAAGUCUUUAUUACAUAGAAUAUGUUCUCCUAGUUUCCAAAUAACUCUAAAUUAAGUCUUUGUUACUUUGAAUAUGUUCUCCUAGUUUCCAAAUAACUCUAAAUUAAGUCUUUGUUACUUAGAAUAUGUUCUCCUAGUUUCCAAAUAACUCUAAAUUAAGUCUUUAUUACUUAGAAUAUGUUCUCCUAGUUUCCAAAUAACUCUAAAUUAAGUCUUUAUUACAUAGAAUAUGUUCUCCUAGUUUCCAAAUAACUCUAAAUUAAGUCUUUAUUACAUAGAAUAUGUUCUCCUAGUUUCCAAAUAACUCUAAAUUAAGUCUUUGUUACUUAGAAUAUGUUCUCCUAGUUUCCAAAUAACUCUAAAUUAAGUCUUUAUUACUUAGAAUAUGUUCUCCUAGUUUCCAAAUAACUCUAAAUUAAGUCUUUAUUACAUAGAAUAUGUUCUCCUAGUUUCCAAAUAACUCUAAAUUAAGUCUUUAUUACUUAGAAUAUGUUCUCCUAGUUUCCAAAUAACUCUAAAUUAAGUCUUUAUUACAUAGAAUAUGUUCUCCUAGUUUCCAAAUAACUCUAAAUUAAGUCUUUAUUACAUAGAAUAUGUUCUCCUAGUUUCCAAAUAACUCUAAAUUAAGUCUUUGUUACUUAGAAUAUGUUCCCCUAUACUAAAGUGUUACCAAAUAAACAUAACUGUCUUGAAUUUGAAAAAAAAAACAUUUUAUUUUUCACUGAAGAAGGGUUCGAUGAAUGCGCAUAUAAAACUGGUGGGGUUGGGUACCUCAAACAAGGUUAAGAACCACUGGUCUAAAAGGUUACUAGUUUUGUUUCAUUUUACAGUGGGAGACGGCUUUUAAAAGUUAGACAGUUAAAAUAAGUGUGGUGAUUGUUCACAAAAUGUAUCCCAUUGUGUAUCAACAUAGAUUAAUCACUGAAAUAUUUACCAAGUUUUAGGUGAAAAUUAUGUAUAGGAAAACAUUUGAAACAAUGUCUGCAUUACAUUCUGACAACUGCACUUGUGGCAAAAUAUUGGGGAAUUUCAAGUUAAAAACAUUUCUAGCAUGUAAUUUAUUAUUAAUCACGGGUCAAAGGUAAUCAGAUUUUUUUUUUUUUUUAAAUCAGUUAAAAUAUUAGCGUAACUAUUAAGAUAAUUAUAAUGGAGCAGUUUUGUUAUCGAUGGGAAAGUGCAUAUUUAGACAUGAUUUGUGUAUGUGUGUAUAUAUAUACAUGUGUGUGUACGUACAUGUACACACACACACACACACACCGGCCAAAUUUAACCCAAUGCGGCCCCUGAGUCAAAGUUAGGGGACCCCUGAUUUAGAACAACUUGGAAACAGUUGAAGGAUAUUGACUGAAUUUGUAUUAUCAGUAAGACUGUCAGGGUUUUUAGUUGUAUUUAGUCUGGUGUGCCACAUAUUGAGUCAACAUUGAUGACAUGUUAGGUAAUUAAUAAGUUGGUAUUCAGCUCACAAUUAAAAGUAAACGCUCCUUUUUCAUGGAAUCGACCUUGAUAGUUUAUUAUCUUAGAAGACAACACCAGUAAACUCUAUACAGACAUAGAAAAAUAGUCAUCUUACACAUCUUGUUAGUAAUACACAACAUUAUUAUACAUCCUCCUACGUACACAAUGUUACAGCGUUUUUGCUACUCAACGUGCUCGGCCUCCGCUGAGUUGCUUUGGGACACUCCAGGUUGGUAGGACAAAGACGGGACUUGGCACAAAUGGCUGAGAUCAGGAAGGAGGGCUCCAAAGGCAUCAAAUGAUGGUAAGGGUCAGCAUUGCAGUCGACCUG